AUGAAUAGUACAACAAAACAAAAUUGGAAUCGAGCAACAGUACUAUUCUUAAUAGUUUCCAUUGGUGAAAUUCUUAUUAACUACGUCCGUCGUAAUGAAACUGUCUGUUGUUUAAUUGGUUUUGGUAUUGGUGUUGGUUGUUGUAUUCUUUAUCGACUUAUAUCAAAUUUUCUAACACCUUCAAUCAAUAUUAUUUCUCCCUAUGAUGCAAAAAUAUCCUUAUCAUCAACUAGUAAACGAAAACGAGAACAUUCAAUAAGCAUUAAACAUGAAUAUAAUGAUCGUAUUCGUAAUAAUACUAUUUCGGAUGAUAUGACAUGGUCAGAAAUGUCUUCAUCAUUAAGCACAGUUAAUCUUCUUCAUGAUUCUUAUCAUUCCAAUUCGUUAACGGGUGAUUCAGGUGUUGAUUGUCCUGAAAUACCAUAUCGAACUCAUCAACAGUAUGAUGAUGAAAUAAAAAAAUAUGAUUCUGAUUCUGGAAUUCAUCAUGAUACACAAAAAGUAACUGAAUCGCAUGUAAUGUCUUAUAUAUCAACAGAAAAAGGUUUAGAACGUGCAUUAGAACAAACAAGUCGGUUUUAUACUGAUCUUGAACAUAUUGCUAUUGAUCUUGGAACAUUAACAAAACGAUAUUCUCAAUCAGAAUCAUCCUUAGUUCAUCAUUCGAUUGAUGCACUUGAUUGGGAUUGGCUUGAUGAUAUGCAAACAUCACCACCAUUAAUUCAAUCACCAAAAAAUAUUUAUCGAAAACAAUAUUUUACUCGUUCAGCUAAUAAAAAUAAAGUUCGACGAAGAUUACAUACAAAUAUGAAUCAAACAGAAUAUUAUGAAUCAGAUCAUGAAAAUCGUUCAUUUGAUUAUUCAACUUCACCAUUAAGACGAAAACAUAGUUCAGUUUAUUUUGGUUCAACAGAUAAUACGAGUGAUGAUGAUAAUAUUGGAGAUGAAACAUUACAAAUAAAAUCAUAG